AAUAAGAGGUCUCUGGCUCUGUGCCUCUUUCCUCACCUGAUGGUUUAAAAGUUGUGAGAAGCAACGAAGUGACCAGUUGAGACCUGGUCAGACCCUGAAGAGGAUGUUCCUGUUCCUGUUCUUCCUGGUGGCUGUCCUACCAGUCAACACUGAAGGAGGAGAGAUCAUAUGGGGUACAGAGUCCAAACCCCACUCCCGGCCCUACAUGGCAUUCAUAAAGUUUUAUGAUAGUAAUUCAGAACCCCAAAGUUGUGGCGGUUUUCUGGUGGCAAAAGACAUCGUAAUGACAGCAGCUCACUGUAAUGGAAGAAAUAUAAAAGUAACCUUAGGUGCUCACAAUAUCAGAAAACGAGAAAACACCCAGGUCAUCUCUGUUGUAAAAGCCAAACCUCACGAGAACUAUGACAAACAUUCACGGUUUAAUGACAUCAUGCUCCUGAAGUUGGAACGCAAAGCUCAACUCAAUGGUGCUGUGAAGACGAUUGCCCUUCCUAGGAGCCAGGACUGGGUGAAACCUGGGCAGGUGUGCACAGUGGCAGGUUGGGGACACUUGGCCAAUUGUACUUCAUCUAACACACUUCAAGAAGUGAAUCUAGAAGUUCAGAAAGGCCAGAAGUGCCAAGACAUGUCCAAAGACUACAACGACUCCAUCCAGCUUUGUGUGGGAAACCCCAAGGAGGGGAAGGCUACCAGUGAGGUACUCAGAGCUAUGAGUUUUCCUCUUAGCACAGCUUUCAUUGUGUCCCAUAAGUUUGGAGAAAUCACAGUCACCCUUGGAGCCCAUGACGUGAGCAAGCGAGAAUCCACCCAGCAGAAGAUCCAAAAAGCAGAAGUCGAAAAGCAAAUCAUUCACAAAAAUUACAAUUUCUUUUCCAAUAUUCAUGACAUCAUGUUACUGAAGCUUGAAAAACAAUUUGAGUUGACUCCUGCUGUGGAUGUAGUUCCUCUGCCCAGUCCUUCUGAAUUUAUAGACCCUGGGACCAUGUGCCAAGCAGCUGGAUGGGGACAAACUGGAGUGACAGAUCCUACCUCAUAUACAUAUACACUGAGAGAAGUUGAAUUGAGAAUCAUGGAUGUAGAGGCCUGUAAAAUCUUUAGUGAUUAUGACUAUAAUUUCCAGAUGUGUGUGGGCAGUCUUGGAAGGAAGAGAUCACCAUGUGAGGGAGACUCCGGGGGGCCACUACUGUGUGCUGGUGUGGCCCAUGGUAUUGUAUCUCAUGGACGAGAAGAUGCAAAGCCCCCUGCAGUCUUCACCCGAAUCUCCCCAUAUGUACCCCGGAUUUAUACAGUCCUAAGUGCAAGUAGCUGAAAAGCCUGACCUGCAUGAGUCAGACUCUCCAAGCCUGAGCUCAUCUGGUACAUUUUGGGUUCAACAGAGCCUGUCCCAAACAGUCCCUAGACUGUCCCCAGCUGUCUCGAAGACAAUCUCAAAGAUACACAAGUCUGUGAUUAUGGAUUGUUCCCUGUAAAGCACCUCAAUAAAAACAUAACUUCCAA